UGCCGAAAAUGAACUAAGAAUGUCGAACUCUAACUAUACCAGUUUAGGAAGCCGCUGCAACUACAGCACAAUAAUAACAAGACAAGCCAUCCCAGUGAUAUACAGUUUCAUCUUUAUUGGAGGGAUCCUACUGAAUGGCGUAGCAGCCUGGAUUUUCCUACAUGUCCCUAGCAAGACAACUUUUGUUGUCUACCUCAAGAACACUGUCAUAGCUGACCUCAUCAUGAGUUUAAUGUUCCCAUUCAAAAUCCUUGCUGACACAAAACUUGGCCCUUGGCAGCUCAAUGUUAUUGUCUGUCGUUUCUCAGCUGUUCUCUUUUACACUAAUAUGUAUAUCAGUAUCACUCUGUUUGGGCUCAUAGGCUUUGACAGAUGCUCCAAAGUUGUGAAGCUGCAGUAUGUCACCACUGUUCACAACGUUCGUUGCAGCAAAAUACUCUGCUUAUUAGCCUGGGGGUUGCAAAUUCUUGUGUCACUUCCCAAUAUGAUUUUAACCAACAAAACACCCAGCGAAGAAAUUUCAGAAAACUGUAUGAAGCUCAAGAGUGACUUGGGAUUAGAAUGGCACAAGGGUUCAAAUUACAUCUGCCUAGGAAUUUUUUGGACUGUAUUCAUUAUAUUAAUAGCCUGCUACACUUCUAUAGCAAGAAAAAUAUACAUUUCCCACAGAAAAUUCAAAAGAAACUCUACAGUAACAAGGAAAAAAACCAAUCGGAAUAUUUUCACUAUUAUGCUUGUGUUUAUCAUCUGUUUUGUUCCUUAUCAUAUUUGCAGAAUCCCAUAUACAUUAAGUCAAACUUCAUCACAAUAUAGUUGCCAGUCAAAAAGACCUCUGUUCUACAUGAAAGAAUUCAGUUUAAUACUAUCCGCUGCAAAUGUGUGCCUUGAUCCUAUUAUUUAUGUAUUCCUUUGCCAACCCUUCAAGGAAAGGCUGUACCAAAAACUGCACCUCAAGCUGAAGACAUCAGAGGAACUAGAGAACUCUAGAUCAAGAAGGUCAAAUGCAGUUUGUGAAACUGUAAUUACAUAAACACUUUUAGCAAAAUACACUGCCAAAACUGGGCUGUGUUGUACCAGUUUAAGGGAACAAGUGUAUGUUGUAGCAGUUUUGCAAAUGCUUAUUCAGAGGACAGUCACACAUCUGUCUCAACUGAACUGAGUUAUUGCUCUUACAC